UCAGAUUUUGCCCUUUCAUGAAUAUGCAGCAGUUGGAUGUUAGAAAUAUGACAAUUCCUUUAAAUUUUAACUGGCAACAUCUGUAUACAAUGUCAACUGCAGCAAUCAUCUCUUUUCUCUUUCUUUUUGACGUUUGUUGAUAUCGUGCUGAACGAACGCAAAAAUGGUGAACGUACCCAAACAGCGCAGGACCUACUGCAAAAAAUGCAAAUGCCACAAAGUACACAAAGUGUCUCAGUACAAAAAGUCUAAGGAAAGGCAUGCCGCCCAGGGUAGAAGACGUUACGACCGUAAACAGCAGGGUUACGGUGGUCAGUCCAAGCCCAUCUUCAAGAAGAAGGCGAAAACCACAAAGAAAAUUGUGCUGCGUUUGGAGUGCGCUGACUGCAAAGUGAGGUCCCAGGUUGCGCUCAAGAGGUGCAAGCACUUCGAGCUGGGAGGAGACAAGAAGAGGAAGGGACAGAUGAUCCAGUUCUAGGCUGGCUAAUAAAUAAGACCACAUAA